UAGAGACCUUCAUUUUACUUUGACAAUGCGUGUCACUUCUUCGGGCAGUAAUACAAUGCAGCAUGUACAUGCUCAGCAUUGGUUAUCUGGACCAUCCAAAUGUGCUCUGAGAUUCGUGCUGCUGCACUUCUCUCAACUGUGUUCACACUUCUCCCUACUGUUUCACACAUCUCGAUGCAAACGGUAUAGAUAAGCAAUGGCCAACAUGUAGACCAAAAAACUGCUUCCUUCUUCGGGCCACGUCUGGGACACUGAUUGGCUCAACGGUACCUUUGCCAUGUCACCGCUAAGCGGGCUUCGUGGCGGACUGCUUGCUAAACCGCACCCGUUGGGGAGUACGAGUUAAACGGGUCCAAAUCUCGGACCCGCAAACGGACCUCACCCACCCGUCGCUCGCUCGAUCUCACCGUCUCGACGGCGAUGGCGCCGGCGUCGGCAGCGGCCUCGGCGGUGCGGAAGUCUCCGGUCACCGUUCUCCUCCUCUACGUAGCGUGCGCCUUCAUCCUGCUGCUGCUCCUCGCCUCCUACUCGCCCGGCCUCCAGCCCCACCACGCCCACGGCCGCAGCCUCCACCGCCGCCUCAAGCUCCACCCAAAGAGCUACCCAUCAUCCGGCGCUGCCUCCGGUGGGAACGGGGGGCAACAGGAGACGCACCACCAUGCGGCCUCCUUCGACCCGACCAUCGCCGAGCUGGAGCGCCGGCUGGACGACAAGGAGUGGGAGCGCGAGCACUACAGCCUCCUCCACGGCGCCGAGCCGGAUGACCACAUGAAGGAGUGGGAGGAGUUCCUCAAGGAUGAGGAGGACUUCAUCAACGACGACGAGCGAUUCAACGUCGCCGACCGCAUCCGCGAGCUCUUCCCCAAGAUUGACGUCGCCCCGCAGGACGGAUUCGUCUCCCUCGACGAGCUCACCACCUGGAACCUCCAGCAGGCCAGGGCCGACCAGCACCAUCGCUCCGCUAGGGAGAUGGAGCUCUACAACAAGGACGGCGAUGGGAUAGUCUCAUUCGAGGCCUUCAAUGCGCUGCGCCAAGAAUCCCAUGGAGAGGGCAAUAUGCUGGGGUUCCAAUGGUGGAAGGAGGAGCAUUUCAAUGCCUCAGAUGCAAACGCUGAUGGCUUCCUUGAUAAAGAUGAGUUCAAUGAUUUCCUUAAUCCAAGUGAUUCGGAUAAUCCCAAAAUCAUCAAUUUGCUCUGCAGACAAGAAAUAAGGCAGAGGGAUAAAGAUGGUGACGGAAAGUUAAACUUUGAAGAAUACUUUAGUGCGCUAAAUGACCAUAUACAUGGUUAUGAUGAUGAGAAUGCAGAUAUUUCCCAUAUUGGGAACGUAACAGUUGCGAAGGAUCGGUUUUCCAAACUUGACAAAGAUAAUGAUGGGUUUAUUUCGGAGCAUGAACUAGAGCCUGUUCUUGAUAAGCUCUAUCUUUCCGAGCGCUAUUAUUCUAGACAGCAAGCCAUCCAUGCUAUUUCAGAGGCAGACAAAGAUCAUGAUGGGAGGCUAACUUUGGAAGAGAUGAUUGAGAACCCCUAUGCAUUUUAUGGCAGUGUUUACCUUAGCGAUGACGACGACGAAGACUACUUCCACGAUGAAUUUCGCUGAGAUAUGUGUAGGUAGACGAUUGUUAGUAUCCUGACCACGCAAGGAACAUAACAGAUGAGCAUCAAGGUGCACAGAUAGGAUCGAAGCGUCUAGCAUGCCAUGUGAAUCCCGGGCUGGGCUGCUGACAGAGUUAGGAACUAGUUUUAGCCGCUUGGUUCUUCAAGUUUUUUUUUCUGUUGGGUUAAAUGAAGUGAUGACAGCAUCCUAGUACCGGCCAGUGAUGGAUGUUACGUGGCAAGUUGUUCACCUUUAUCUAGGCUGAGCUGGCUUGUCUCCAUCCUGCAGAAUGCAUGUAGUCCAGGAGAACAAUGAGUGGAACGUCAUCUCGGUGGCGAACGGAUUAAAAAAUCUAACAUGGAACAUGUUGUUUGGUGUCUGAAAUAUAUGAAUUCAAUUAUUUC